UAGAACGUUUGGGCUUUGUUUCGAAAGUUGGGCCUGAUCCAUAUCAUUGAUGGGCCGAAAACUGGGCGGGCUUGAUGUGAACAUAUCAACAGGCUUCCCAGAGACAUACACGUGUUCCCUUCUGUUUUCGACUUUUCGUCGACAAUUCACGUGAUCCCUUUCAGUUUUCUUUCCCCUCCUGAAUAAAAUAUCUCGCUCGCGACUCGUCUUAAGCUAAAAUCUUCGCCUGAAAGCUACCGUUUACCUUACUCGUUUCGCUCAAAGAGUAAGCAGAGAAGCCAAUUGAAGGGAAAAGGAAACCGAGCUCUUCUUCUCGCGAACGGAAAUCGGAAGUCCCGCCGGAAGUUGAAUCAGCGGAAAGGAAGGAAAAGGAAAAUGCCGAGCAGCUGCGCGAUGUUCUGCGAGAUCCUGAUCGCGAUCCUGCUGCCUCCGUUGGGAGUCUGCCUCAGGCAUGGCUGCUGCACCGUGGAGUUCUGCAUCUGCGUGCUGCUGACGAUUCUCGGCUACCUGCCGGGGAUCAUCUACGCGCUGUACGCGAUUGUGUUCAUCGAUCGGGAGGAGUUCUUUGACGAGGCCAGGCGCCCUCUCUACUCCUCUUACUACUGAUUGAAGUGAUGGUAGCUGACUUCUUUGUUUAAACAGUGAUUGAACUGAGCUGAAUCGUUGCUGUUUCGAUGUUUGUAUUUCGAUUUCCUGUUGUAGACUCCUUAUGAGGAAUUGCUGUUAAUGAAGCUCAGUUAGUUUAAUCUGCUUGAAUCUGUGCUUGGGAAGAAGAAUUGGCCUGGCUGUGUUCUUGAAUUGGUUUGUUCUGCCUUUUCAUACUACUUUCAUGGAUGGUGCAGAGUAGUUUCAGACUGAUGCUUAGAACUUGUGAUUCUGAUUCCGAUUUCGGGGGGUGUUUGAAAGAUGCAUCUAUGCUUACUUGAGUUUGCAGAAGUGCGAUUGUUACUUGUUUUAGGUGAUUAUAUCCACUUGAAGUAGCCGGAUUUUGACCCUUUUCAAGCUAUGCGUUUCUUCUAUUGAUGAGAUGCUUUGAUGAGGCAUUGUGUGCCAAGUUCUUGUAGAGGAGAAGCGCAGGUUGGUUGCGGGGGGGACGAUGAUGCUUAGGUCAAGUAUGGAGUUUUAGGUAAGAUGUACUGUUUCAAUGGAGUAACAGGAAGACUACUGGUAUGCUGAGAGUGUUUGUGUUCCUUUUCCAUGCUUGCUUGUUUGUCUGCCCUUCACUUGGCAACUCAAACUGUAAAUCUGCAUUCUCAGUUCGCGUUAUUUUCGUAUCCUGAUUUUGUUUGUUCGUUUUAAUUCGAUCGAACAACGAGGGCCUCAUCCUCGCACGGUUCAACUUGCUGGAUCCUACUACACAUCUCUAUUUGUUCCUGCAUUUGCAAUCUCAUUUCUUCAGCACUUGGUUUUACUACUUC